AUGUCGGAAAACCCACCUCACGAGUCUAACGAUAGAGUCGGAGAGACUUUCCACGACGCACCUGGAACGGAGAUAUUGUUUGACAACAGCGAAAAUGGGAGUCUCCCCGAUCGGCUCCACCAGCUGAAGCAUCGUUCAACUGGAGAUGGCCACAUGCUUCUAGUCCCACAGCCCUCAAUCAACGACCCGAAUGAUCCUUUGAACUGGUCGACCACGAAGAAAAGUCUGACAUUCUUCAAUGGCUGUUGGUUUGCAUUUAUGGGAGCUAUCACAGGCCCCAUCAUGGCGGCUGGCAUGAACCAACUGUCCGUCACCUUCGACAAGUCCCUCCAAGAAUUGACAUACGCGAAUGGUGCUUGUUUGAUCAACCAAGGUGUAUGGAACUUUGUAUGGAUGCCAUUCGCCGUGAAGUAUGGCCGCAGGCCGGUCUACCUCAUCUCAAAUAUCCUCAUGGCCAUCGCUUGUAUCUGGCUCGCCAUCGCAUCGGACAAAACCUAUACCGUGUUUCUCGUCGGACGUGCCUUUCUUGGCGCGUUCCAGGCACCGAUCGAGUCGAUUGUUCCAUCUACAGUAACUGACAUGUUCUUCCUACAUAACCGCGGCGAACUUGUGGCAAUCUACGGUCUGUCUGUUCUUGGAGGCAAUGAGUUGGGGCCCAUGUUUUCGGGAUUUAUUGUGCAGGCGCUUGGAAUGAGUUGGGCAUUUUGGAUUGUGACUAUGUUUGUUGGUGCCAACAUCAUCUGCAUGUUCUUCUUCAUGCCAGAGACCAAGUUUACCGGACCUCGUCCUGAGCCAUUCCAAGCAAGCCGAGCAGGCGAAGAGUCCGACUUGAAAGACCAGGUAGUGGUCGAAGAAUUAAGCCCCGUUCCCAAGAAGACUUUUGUGGAAGAACUCAAGUUCUGGAAUAGUGGAGAUCCGAACGUGAAUCUUCUUCACGUUUUCUUUCGUCCGUUCGUGCUUCUUGCCUAUCCCACCGUGGUCUGGUCAUGUUUGAUUUACGGAAUGGCUCUCAGCUGGAACGUCAUCCUCGGUGCCUCUGUAGCACAACUGUUCACACCACCUCCAUAUGGAUUCAAUUCUAACGCCCAGGGGCUUUUCUUCCUCUCACCAUUUAUCGGAUCACUCUUUGGUGUCUUUUUCUCUGGACCAGGAGGUGACUGGGUAGCAACGUUCUUUACUAAGCGCAACAACGGUAUUCGCGAGCCCGAGAUGCGACUGCCCACUUGUUUGCUAGCGGCGUUUUUCACAUUCUUCGGGGCAUUAUGGUUUGGUCUUUCCUACGAGCGCCAAAUGCAUUGGGCAAUGCCUCUUGUGGGAGCCGGUAUACUUUCAGUGGGAAGUCAAAUGGGAACCACGCUAGGAAUGAACUAUGCGCUGGAUUGCCACAAAGAGCUAUCUGUCGAGAUCAUGGUCACAAUUGCUGCUCUAAAAAGCUGUAUUGCAUGGAUUUGGACCUGGGUGAUUAACGACUUCAUUACUGCUAGUGGUGUGAUAAGUGUCUUUAUGACGGUAGCCGCUAUCAAUUUGGCGGUCUACUUAGCCUAUAUCCCAUUUUAUCUUAAGGGCAAGGAUAUCCGAAUUUGGCUGCACCGGAAGGAUUUGCUCCGGUCUGCUGGUCUCAUCUAG